CAUGACCUCACAGUUAGUUUAUCUCUACAUUAUUUGUUUUGGUGCAUUCAAAUGGCUGGGAUUGUAGUGAUAUUUGACUUUGACUCAACAAUCAUUGAGUGUGAUAGUGAUAAUUGGGUGCUUGAUGAGACCGGUUUAACUGAAAAGUUCUAUCAGCUUCUUCCUAGCAUGGCUUGGAACCCUCUAAUGGAUAAGAUGAUGAAUGAACUUCAUUCACAAGGGAAAACCAUUCAAGACAUUGUAGAAAUUCUGAAUAGGACACCAAUGCAUCCUAGGACUGUCCCUGCUAUUGAGGCAGCUUAUUCUCUUGGGUGUCACCUGAAGAUUGUGAGUGACGCAAACAUUUUCUUUAUUGAAACAAUCCUGAAGCAUCAUGGAGUGUGGAAUUGUUUCUCAGAGGUCAUAGCCAACCCCAGCCAUGUCAAUGAAGGGAGGCUCAAUAUUUGUCCAUACCAUGAUUAUCUUAAAUCUUCUCAUGGAUGCAAUCUUUGUCCACCAAACAUGUGCAAGGGAUUGGUGAUAGAAAGGAUCCAAAAUUCCCUUGCAGCAGCAGGAAAGAAGAAAAUAAUCUAUCUUGGAGAUGGAAAUGGAGAUUUUUGCCCAAGUUUGAGGCUCAAAGAUAGUGACUAUUUGAUGCCUAGAAAGGACUUUCCAUUGUGUGAUUUAGUUUCCAAAAAUUCUAAUAAGAUAAAGGCAGAGGUACAUGGUUGGAGAGAUGGGAAAGAGCUUGAGCAUGUUCUGCUACAUGUUAUCAACAAAGCUAUUGGGGAAGGAAGCAACAUUAACAAUUCUACUCAGAAAGUCUCAGUUGAUUGCAAGAUGGGGCCCAUUCCUAUUGACACUCUUCAACCAUUGCCUAAAGCCCUAUCAGUUCCUCAGUAACUAGUCAGCUAUAGUUACAAUUUGCAAGGGAGAAAUUAUUAAGUAGUUCUAUAUCAUCCACCACGUAUAUGAUAAUAAUCUCUAUAGGACACAUAUUCAAGUAUUUAAGUUAUGAAAAAAAUACUGUGUCACAUAAAAAUUAGUUUAAAUUAUAAUAGUCUCAAAUCACCAAAUAAUUUGUCAAGGAUGUUAAUUUGUUACUAAAGCUGUUAUACUCUCUUGUAGCCCUCAAAAUAAAAAAUAAGGGCCAUUAUUGUGUCUUAUCAACUUCUGAAUUAUUUUAAGUACUGUUGUUGCAUUCUCAGGCAAUGUAUGAGACCAUGCUUUGGUAAUAAAAUAUAUUAUGUUGAAUAAAA